UGGCCAUGGACAAACCAGUAUGCCUGAUUGACACGGCGUCUGAUGGGAAGCUGUGUGUCCAGCAGUCAGCACUGCAGGUUCUGGAGCAGGUCCAGCAGCCCGUGGUGGUGGUGGCUGUGGUGGGUCUCUACCGCACCGGGAAGUCCUACCUGAUGAAUCGACUGGCAGGGAAACAAACAGGGUUUGCAUUGGGCAGCACAAUUGAGUCCAAGACGAAGGGCAUCUGGAUGUGGUGUUUGCCUCACCCCACUAAAGCAGGAACCACUCUGGUGCUACUGGACACCGAGGGACUCGGGGACGUGGACAAGGGGGACUCAAAGCAUGACACCAACAUCUUCUGUCUGGCUGUGUUACUGAGCAGCACUCUGGUCUACAACAGUCGAGGGACAAUUGACAACAGGACUGUAGAGGAGCUGCAAUAUGUUACUGAACUAACAGAGUGCAUCAAGGUCAAAUCAUCAGACGAGGAUGUUGAUGAUUCAAGUGAAUUUGUGAAGUUCUUCCCUAGUUUCAUCUGGGCUGUGAGGGACUUCACCCUGGAGCGAAAGAUUGAUGGCAAAGAUGCAACAGAGAAUGAUUACCUAGAGUUCGCUUUGAAGCUGAAACAUGAGGAAACAGAGAAAGCGGUCAUCCUGGAGCAGAAAAUCAAAGCUAAAGAGGAGACACAGCGACAGCUGCAAGAGAAAAUGGAAGCAGAAAGACAGAGUAAUGAAGAGCGGAUGAUACAGAUGAAGGAGAAGAUGGAUGAGGAGAUGAGGCUUCAGAGAGAGGAGGCCCAACGUGCCAUGGACAGCAAACUGAGGGAGCAGGCCGCGCUGCUGGAGAAGGGCUUUCAGGAGAAGGCUGACAGGAUGAGCCAGGAGAUGGAAGAGUUCAAGAGACAGAACGCUGAAGCUGAGAGUAAUAGAGUUCGAGAGUUUGCAGAGCUGUUAGAGAACUCCAGCAAGAGAAAUGAGGAGUCUAUGGCUAUGAUGAUGCAGCAGCACCGUGAACAGAUGAAGGCUUUACAGCAGCAGAUGAGAGCGCGCUCUGCAGGCGGAUGUUGCAUCUUGUGAAAUGCAUUAACUCUGUGGUCAUCAGAGUCAUGUAAUUGAACAAUGCAGUUUACUUACUUUAAAAUGAUUCAGUACCUAAUUCCAGUCCUGGAGAUCCACAGUCCUGCAGACUUCAGCUUCAACCCUGAUAAAAUCUCACCUACCUGUAGCUUUCUAGUAACCCUUCAGACCUUGAUUAGUUUGUUC